GUUUAUUCUUUGAAGGUGAGACAAAAGAAGUGAGAAAGAGCGGUUUAAAGUAAGUGUGAAAAAGGAUUUGGCUAAGCAAUAUUAACUUGAGUGUAUCUAGUUAGUUAACUUGAUUACUUGUCAUGAUGGUGUUAAUCAUGGCAAAUAUUAAUUAUUUAGUGAUAUUAAUUUGUUCAACUGUCUUUUUAUUGUCAUCUUUUGUAUCAUCUCAACAGAAAUUAAGAAAUCUUGAAGAUCCAACGGAAUUUUUUAAAUACGCUCUUUAUUUACGAACUGAUCAUCCGGAAUAUUAUGCCAAAAAUUUUAAAGGAAUUACUGAUCACUACAACAAAUUGAUAAGUGCAACUGAAGCUAAACGGCUUUCAUUGAAUACAAGAUCCUCAGAUAACAAUGGACAACCGAAUAGUGUAUUCAAUAGUGCUGGACCGAGAACCCCUAUGCAGCAUGAUGGUUUAUCUAGAUGGCCGCCUAGAAUACCUCAGGGCAAUAAUGCUAGUCCAUCGAGACCAAAAUCCGAACAAAAAGCUGGUAGAACAUACUCUAGAUCAUUGAGUAGCACUGUGAGUCCAAAAGACGAGGCUAUCCAAAAAGUUAUGAGAGACAUUUUGAAGGCAGAAACAACGAAUGCUACGAAUCCUGAUCUAGAUUGGGCCCGCAAGUGUUUCACUCUAGGAUAUAACAAUACCAAUGGUUCAUGUCAAUCAGAGCCUGAAGUAAUUAAACUAGCUCCUAACGAAACAAUUUGCCUUACUUAUUUUAAAUUUGGAUGCCAAUAUCAGUUAAAUCAAGAUUUUUGUGUAGCAGGAGUUGAUGAAGUUAUGAAAAAUACAAGCUUUACUUGUGAUUUAAAUAUUAAUGGUGAUAGUGAAUUGAUGAGUAUCCAGUGUUGCAUGGCUUGUAAAAGCGGCAUAAAUGCAGCAAUAUCCAAAGAUAGUUGUGAUAUGCAUUUGGACAAUUCUAUGCCAAGUUUUGCCCAAGAGAAAUGUUGCAACAGUUUCUUAAAUCAAAACAUAUCUGUUUCAACUACAGAAUCAAUUCCAGUCUCUUUUAAACCGGGGUCAAUGAAUGCAAUUAUGUCUGAUCUAGAUGACCAGGUUUCCAAUAGUACAACAUUCAAACUCAGCAAUUCAUUAGAUUCAACUACAGAAUCAAUAAAACCGGGGUCCCUGAAUGAAGUUGUUGUCCAUUUGGAUGAUCGGUUUUCCAAUAAUGAAACAAACAAACCCGAAAUAGACAGUUCAACAGUACCCGAAACUUCAACAUUACCAACUACUACUACCACUAUUGCUACACCCUCAACAUCUACGGAAUCAACUACCGCACCAUCAACAACAACCACUGCCGCAACAACCACAACUAUAACAACUGAACUAACAACUACGACUUCUACUACAACUAAUUACGUCAGAAACAACAACUCUACAACCAAUAACCACUGACCCAACCUCAAAGCCUCAAUUGCGAUACUCUGAGGAGGAUCCAAACCCAGGGGAAAUUCCGGAUGGCUACAAACUCCGAGACGCAAAAAAAAACUUAUAUGAAAAAAUGGAUGAAGAAGACCGAUCUAAAGCUGAUUUCCUGGUAAUUUUGAAAAAAGAACUGGAAAUGGAUAGUGAUGCGCGGUACAAAGAUUUUACUUUGAUGAAUAUUACUUUAAGAAGGAAUAUUCGAUGUAAUUGGGAAUUCAAGAUUGAAAAAGCCAAUGCUGAAAAUGGUGGUGAAACAUUAACCGAAAAUGAUUUCAAACCUAAACCAGAAAAACACAGAUUCAUUCUUUUAAUCGAUAGUGAAGAAGUUCAACCUCAAACUAUCCAAUACUCAGUUUCUUGUAAUAUCAAACAAUAUAAAUAUUACAAGUAUAUAGUUAACCUGACUAUUAUUAAUAAGUAAGAAAUUUAUGGUGAAUUACAAAAUCACGAAAAAAUUAUUCUAAAUGCUAUACUCAAUGUUAUAUUCAACUUGGAUGUUUUAAUUUGAAAUUUUUCGAGAAAUUUAAAUAAAAUUAUUUUAUUGUGCUUUA